AUGAAAGAUUUUCCUUCGUGUUUCAGUGAAAACGGGGUUCAAGUUGCUGAUUUCUCAUCAUCUAGUACCAAUAAAACUGCUCAGAAUUUGGUUUCUUGUAUCUAUCAGUGUCGUUUGCGUGGUCAGUCCUGCUUGAUUACUAUCACAUGGAGUAAGAAUUUGAUAGGUCAAGGCCUCAGUGUUGGAAUUGAUGGUAACACUAAUCAAUGCCAAUGUAAGGUAGAUAUAAAACCCUGGUUGUUCUCUAAGAGAAAAGGAUCCAAAAGUUUAGAAGCCGAUUCUAGUAAAAUUGAUAUCUAUUGGGACCUUUCCUCAGCUAAGUUUGGAUCUGGGCCCGAACCAUUAGAGGGAUUCUAUCUGGGACUUGUCUCCAACAAGCAAAUGAUUCUUCUUCUUGGGGACAUGAGAAAAGAAGCUUUCAAGAAAACAGGUGCAACACCUGUUUUCUCUAAUGCUGUUUUUGUUGCCAAGAGAGAGCACGUUUUUGGCAAGAAGAUAUUCAAUGCAAGGACUCAAUUUUACGAUAAUGGUCCAAUCCACGACCUCACUAUUGAAUGUGACACCAGCGGUGUUAGUGAACCGUGCCUUCUGAUCGGGUUGACACUAAGACGGUGA